AUGGAGCUCAUCUUGCCCGAGAGCUUUGAUUGGCUAAGUAACCACUACUCCAUCCUACAACCAACUCUCAACCCCGACUCCCAUCCCUACUCCAUCCCUACUCCACCACCAACUCUCAACCCCGACUCCCAUCCCUACUCCAUCCCUACUCCAUCCCUACUCCACUACCAACUCUCAACCCCGACUCCCAUCCCUACUCCAUCCCUACUCCAUCCCUACUCCAUCCCUACUCCACCACCAACUCUCAACCCCGAAUCCCAUCCCUACUCCAUCCCUACUCCACCACCGACACUCAACCCCGACUCCCAUCCCUACUCCAUCCCUACUCCACCACCGACACUCAACCCCGACUCCCAUCCCUACUCCAUCCCUACUCCACCACCAACUCCACCACCAACACUCAACCCCGACUCUCAUCCCUACUCCAUCCCAACUCCAUCCCAACUCCAUCCCUACUUCAUCCCUACUUCAUCCCUACUCCAUCCCUACUCCAUCCCUACUCCACCACCAACACUCCAACCCGACUCCCAUCCCUACUCCAUCCCUACUCCACCACCGACACUCAACCCCGACUCCCAUCCCUACUCCAUCCCUACUCCACCACCAACUCUCAACCCCGACUCCCAUCCCUACUCAACCCCGACUCCAAUCCCAACUCCACCACCAACUCUCAACCCCGACUCCAAUCCCUACUCCACCACCAACACUCAACCCCGACUCCCAUCCCUACUCCAUCCCUAUUCCACCACCAACACUCAACCCCGACUCCCAUCCCUACUCCAUCCCAACUCCACCACCAACACUCAACCCCGACUCCCAUCCCUACUCCAUCCCUACGCCAUCCCUACCCCACACCAACACUCUAUUCCGGCCCCCAUCCCAUCCCCACCGCUAAUAUCCCACCUCUACUAA